GUGGGUGGUCUUUCUUCCUGCUGCUGAAUUGUAAACCAAGGGGACCGAUCGAGAAUGAAGCACCAAGGGACCGGAGGGCUCAGGGUACAGUUUGGUGAGGCGGCCGUGGAAAGCAGUUGCGGUUGCUGUCGAAGAAUGGUCGAGUGAGGAGCAUUGAGUGCAUGCGAGACCGUGCGCUUCGCGCAUUUACAGGUCGCCCAUUACGGGUCACCGGUCACCGUUGUGUCCGGCUUCCUGAAGGGCUGUCGGACAACGAUCUUGCCUUGGCCUGUGCAAAGCAUGUCGAGAUGACGUUCCAGUGGAGCGCAUGCUUGUCGGCGAAGGGAUACCGCAGACACUCCUGGGAAUGGUCCUCCCAACUGCGGUUCAAGGGCAGUAAGAGGCGGAAAUCCCACCAGGAGAGUCCUGAAACCUCGCAGGGUACCCAGGUUGGAGUGGACUUUCACUCAACGGGUAGAUGGCGAGGGGCAAGGUCACCGACAAGCCUCCUGACUCGUAGGCGGGUGCUCCAAGCGUGGGUAACGUCGACUUGAGCGAGGUUCAAUGGCCUGAGGGCAUCAAAGAGAUUCAACUGCUGCUGUUCGACGAGGCGGUUGAAGGGGUGGUGCCGGUGGGUCUGGAACGUCUUUCAUUCUGCGCGCUCCGACUUUCCUGCGGGCCUUCUGACUGCACGUCUUGAGACCCUGUCAAUCGUUCGCUUGUUGGAACGAAUUUUCCUUCGGGCCUGCGAGAGAUCUUUCUUGGAGAAGCUUUUGACCAGCCUAUGGAAGACGUCGUGUGGCUGGACAGACUUGAGUGAUUGCCUCUCUCUGGCUGCAAUCAGCCUAUUGAUAACGUGAGGUAGCCGCCGGCGCUGAAAUCGUUGGAAUUUUCAACACCUUCGGGGAUUCGCUUACUGGAAAACCCGAGCACGCAUUUUCGCGAACUUGACCUUGUAGGUGUCUCCGACUAACCCUUUACUACUUUGCGGGCGAGCCUUGAGACUCCUUGACUAGACAACAACGUCUGUCAGCCGCUUGAAGGUGUUCACUGGCCGAGUGAGCUUCUCACUUUGGGGCUUGGUUCUACUUUACAGGGCUCGACAGCCCUCGAAUCUUUGAAACCUAUACUGGGUGGACGAUAUAGAUUGAGCAGAUCCCCCUGGCUGCAGGGUGAACGUCGUGAUGGAUUUCUACAUUGAGAGCGCUGUUUGGGGGUUUGAUAAUGAACAUGAUUGUUCCAUGACCUGGAGUGUUUGGACGAUGUCUGCAUCUGUAUGGGCUUUUUGGAUGACGGGAGUCUGGACUAUUUCGAGGUCUACGACCAGCAGGAGGACUACGAAAUGUUGAGAGCACGAUGUAGCGUGCCUUGUCUAUAGUCGUGAUAGUGGAAAAGGCGGUUGAAUGGCCGUCGUGUCAGCAACUAUCAAUGAUUUAUCACGCGAGACGUGUUGGUAGGAAGGCCUUUCAGUCUGAGCAGGAAUUUUCGUCAUUGGUAGGUUUGCCAUUGGCUUGAGUUCGAUGCAUUGCUAGAGCCUUCUGUGCCAUGCUUGAAUGGCGACAGAAAGUACGAAACCUGCGUUGCCGUACUUGCUGGGUUUAUUUUGAAGAAGCCGUCGCGAAAACUUGUAACAACGGAACACGUGGCCGUCAAACGUUCUGAUGUAGAUAAGAAUCUUCAUCUUGUCCAGUCAGCACAGUGUUUAGGGCACAAAUUGGUGAUCGGUUUCGGCGUAAAGAGCAUACUCUUCUGCACCCAUCAUUUGUUGGCAGUUUGCGGGUAUGGCCAUGAAUUCCACGUCAUUGUUCAAUGGUAGGUCCACGCCCUGUUUUUGUUUUCUUUGGGCUCAAGGCUUGCCCUCGGCUCGUCAAGCCUUGGCCUCGCAGGGCGCCACGAUGUUGCAGUGUCGGGGGUGUACACGAUUAGACAUGUAAGAGCUUGGCAUUCGCAAGAUCACUUGUUUUCAAGAGUUGGAGGGCGGGUAUUGAAACGCUGGCUAAUGGUGCCUGGUCUGAAAGGCAGGCAGUAUCUUUCACGUUCCCUACGGACCCAUCGCCGGGUUCACGAACCUGCUCCCCCAGGGUCCCAACCAGGCCGGAGAAUGCGCUCUGCAGGAACAAUGAAGAAGGUGGGUAUCUGG